GUGGCAGCUGCUCCGUAGAAAGCAGAAUAAGCUGGGAGCUGGACACACUCAUUCAUCCCCACAGGCUCAGUCCGCCUUCCUGCUGCUCAGCAAAUUAGAUCAACACUGUGUUUAAUGCAGUUCCACCGUCAGCUAGCUGCUGUAUGGCUGUGCUGAAAGUACGUACCCACAAUGUGAAGUCCUGUCCGGUGUGCAGUGACCGUGAUCCUGCUGGGAAUCAGACAACCCAUCGGCAGUGAAGCGGACGUGGUGCUUAUUACCAGGGUAAGACCCGGAUAUCACCGAAAGCUGUGCGUGUCCUCUGAAGGAUCAUGUGGUGGUCCUGGCUUUUCCUGCCAGCUCUGGUGCUCCUCUCAGAGCUCUCUGUGGUCAAAGUCCAGACCGCACCAUGCCAAACCUGCAGCAAACUCACCGAAAGCUUCCUUAAGGGUUUAGAGAGAACGGCCAACAAGAACUUUGGAGGAGGAAACACAGCAUGGGAGGAAGAGAAGCUGGCCAAGUAUGCACGCAGUGAGACUCGGCUCUUAGAGAUAGUGGAAGCUGCUUGUGAGAAAACAGAUUUUGAAUGUAACCGGCUGCUGGAGCAGAUCGAGGACCAAGUGGAGACAUGGUGGUUCCACAGGCAGCAGGAGGCACCAGACCUGUUCGACUGGCUCUGUAUAGAGGAGCUGAGACUUUGUUGUCCACCUGGACACUUUGGACCGGAGUGCAAAGAGUGUCCGUCUGGACCGGGAGGUGUGUGUGGCGGUCUGGGUCGAUGUGAGGGGGAGGGCACUCGCCUAGGAGACGGCGAGUGUGUCUGUGACCCGGGAUACUCGGGCGAUCUGUGCCAGAGCUGUGCUGACGGCUACUACAGAGAGAAGAGCUCCAACGACAGCUCCGGAGCCUGUGCAGCUUGCUACCACUCCUGCAGGAAGUGCUCAGGGCCGCAGGACUACAAGUGCCUCGACUGCAAACCGGGCUGGAUCCUUCACGACAACAAGUGCGUGGACAUUGACGAGUGCGGCACAGAGCUGGCUCGCUGUCCCUCCAACACGUACUGUCACAACACAGAUGGAUCAUAUGAAUGCAGAGGCUGUGAUCAGGCAUGUGUGGGCUGUAUGGGCAGUGGUCCCGCCCGCUGUAAGAAAUGUGCACGUGGCUACAGACUGAAAGGAGCCAAGUGUCUUGAUAUAGAUGAAUGUAGUGAACAUGCAAUAGCGUGCCCGGGACUCAACGAGGCCUGCAUCAACGAGGAGGGCUCCUUCCACUGUGACUGUGCUGACGGGUUCAUCAGAAGAGACAGCAUUUGUGUGGAGAACAAGCCUCCUGAUGAUCCAGAGAAAGGACUGUUCGAUGAGAUGACGGACGACGAGGUCCUGGUCCUGCAGCAGAUGUUCUUCGGGGUUGUGAUCUGCGCCCUCGCUACGCUCGCCGCCAAAGGCGACAUGGUCUUCACGGCCAUUUUUAUCGGAGGAGUAGCUGCUAUGGCUGGAUACUGGCUGACAGAGAAGGGGGACUACAUGCUGGACGGAUUUCUGAAGGGACGUUAGGCUGUCUGCGACUACAAUCUGACAAAAGCAACUUGGAAUGACUGCUGGCUAAGGUGAAAAAAGACUCAACUGGGGCCAGGUCACUGCCUUUACAGUGCUGGGAUUUCAUGUGUUAGUAGAGUCGCUUGGAAAGAAUUGAUUACUGAAAAGAAUUAUGCAAGAAAAAGUGGGAAGUUGAAGAUUAUAAUGAUGUUAUUCUUUAGGAAGAAUAACGAACUGCACUGAUAGAAAAGGGCUGAACCCUGCUGGGAACAAACGUGGAAUAAAGACCACAACUAAUAAACUAACAUGCAUCUGGAUAUCAAGAAAAUGUUUUCCUCUGCACAGAAAACCUAAAAAAACAAAAACAUUUUGACCAUAUCAGUAGGUGUUGCCAUGAGAUCAGAGGAGGAAAACUGGAAAUCUUCCCAAACCAUCCCUGCAACGAUCACAGAUCUGGGACAAUUAUUUAUUUUCACAGAAUGACUUUUUACCUCCUUCCAGCUGAAUGUUUUUUUUUUGUAAUAUUGCAUGCUGAUAACAUAUAAAAUGAAAUGUAAUGCACUGUUUUAUUUAUUUAUUUUUAGCAUGAAAGGUUUUACUUUUGCAGCCGUCAGUUUUUGAUGCUUAACGAGGGAGAGGGGGGUAAUCUACUGAACUCUAAACCAGCUGUAAUCUGGGUGAUGCCUUUCGGUUUUGAAAAGCAAUAUUUAUGUUUGUGAGCGUUCAUCAUAUUGUGUUGAAUAUCCUUGUUUCUGUGUGCGUUAUUGGUCCAGAUUUUCAGUUGUUCUAACAGACGGUCAUAUCUUAUCUGUGUAAAACCAUCCUCCAAAGUUUGCUUUGCAAUAAACAUGUACUGUUCUUUA